GAAGUUGGUGAGAUGGCAAAGCAAUAUAUGGAGAAAAUCCUUUUGGUUCCAGACCAUGUGAUCACACACCUAAUGAUGUCCGAGCUGGAGAAUAGGCGUGGCCAGCACUGGCUCCUCGAUGGUUUUCCUAGGACAUUAGGACAAGCUGAAGCCCUGGACAAAAUCUGUGAAGUGGAUCUAGUGAUCAGUUUGAACAUUUCAUUUGAAACACUUAAAGAUCAUCUCAGCCACCAUUGGAUUCACCCUCCUAGCGGAAGGGUAUAUAACCUGGACUUCAAUCCAUCUCAUGUAUAUGGUAUUGAUGAUGUCACUGGUGAACCAUCAGUCCAGCAGGAGGAUGAUAAACCUGAAGCAGUUGCUGCCAGGCUAAGACAGUACAAAGACAUGGCAAAGCCAGUCAUUGAAUUACACAAAAGCCGAGGAGUGUUCCACCAAUAUUCUUCUGGGACGGAGACAAACAAAAUCUGGCCCUGUGUUUACGCACUUUUCUCGAACAAGAUCACACCUAUUCAGUCCAAAGACGCAUAUCGACCCUGCCCAGUGGAAGAACCGGGAAGAUGUGGUUGUCCAUUCAAUUGUGUGUGCAGUAUUGAUGCUGUGUCCAAAUUAGAAGCUAGCUGA